AUGAUGCACGUUCCAGAGGUGUUGAUGAACACUAAAUCAGAAACGUCCGAUCUGCGCUGGACGAAUCAUCCUGCUGACGACCCAGGGGUACGCACACACUCACAAUGGGAGGAAAUGAGUGGUUUGGAUGAUGAGUCCAACAUGGUGCGGAUAUAUCAGAUCUGCACGCCUGAUAGUCCGUCCUCCUAUUGGCUAAGGACUCGCUGGAUCCCCCGGAGGGAGGCGACCACCCUCUACGUGGAGAUCCGGUUCACCAUGAUGGAGUGUUCCGCUCUGAACCAGCGUCACUGUAAAGAAACCUUCAACCUUUAUUACUACCAGUCCGACAGUGACGAGGCCACGCCCACUCACCCGUCCUGGAUGGAGAACCCUUACACUAAAGUCGCCACGGUUGCGGCCGACCACCUGCUGCGUCACGGUGGCGAACGGCGCUCCAACAUCAAACUGUUGCGUCUGGGGCCAUUGCGGGGGGCGGGGCUCUACCUGGCCUUCCACAGCCAGGGUACCUGCAUGGCGCUGCUGUCGGUACGCGUCUUCUACAGGAAGUGCCCGCCCCUCCACCGUGCCUUUGCUUCCUUCCCUGAAACCAUCCCCCACUCUCUGGUGGAGCAGGCUCAGGGUGUGUGUGUGGAGAACGCAGUGACGCUGCCCGGACAACUGUCACGACCUCCCAGCAUGCUUUGUGGCGAGGACGGGCAGUGGGUGGGGCAGCCCACAUCCAGCUGCGCCUGUCGCCCCGGAUACGAGGCGGGCGAGACCGACGUGCGGUGUCGAG